ACUCAGAUAUUAACACUCAGACAGUAACACUCAGGGCCAUCUUCUCCCCGUGUGUUUGGCGUUAAGAAACAUGGUCGUUUUGACAAAGAAUGAAGAACAGGAUUAUAUCUCGCAGCUGCCGUUAGCUCACGAGCUAACCUGACGUGUUGUUGUGGCCGAGACGCUCCUACCACACGGCGCAUGCGCAUUACGGACAGCUCGAGUUACAGAGAGACACGGAUCAAAAACAUAACGUACACCUCUAAUAACGCCACAGCCUGCCUGGUAGAGGAGCGUAAAUGCACCUCGCUGCCCAGCUCUCCAGCCAAGCGAGUGUCUCCCACCAAGAAGAAGCAGUUCUUCAUCAACCAAGCCAUCCUCAACUCUGACCUCACCCCCCGAGCCAAAGGCAAGAACGGCCUCCGGCGGCAGGAGAACACUCGCUUCCUCACGAAUCUCCUGGAGAAGGACGAGUGCUCCAAAGAUGACCUGGAAGUGUGCAGCAACCCAGCGAUCCCAUCCAUCUUCACUGAGGCCUGCACCAACGUCAACUACAUAGAGCCGUGGAAUGACUUCAUGAGUUGCUCCGGGGAGGAGCAGGAGAAGCUGCUGUCUCUGCUGGAGCAGGAGGAGGCCAAGAAGAGGAACAGCAGCAGGACCCUGAAGGACGAGAGGAAUGUGAAUCCGGCCUUCAGCGCUCAGGGCGGCUUCCUGAGAAUCGAUCGCAGGCUGCGAGCGACUCUACGACGGAAACAAGUCCCCAUGGGAACUCUGGAGCUGCUCGAGGGAAACCUGCGGAGCUUCUUCACCGCCCAGCCUCACUCCGUCUACACAACCAACCUCUCCAGCAGGCUCCGACGUCAACGGCUCCCGUCAGACCGACGUGGUGAACACACACACCGCCUUCUCCCCUCCAGGGCUGCUGCUGCCCGCCUUCCUGGAGCAGGUGAGCUGAGACGAGCUCCACGCCAUGAGCCGUGAGCCAUGUGUCAUGAGCCAUGAGCCAUGAGCCAUGAGCCAUGUGCAUUAUGCAUUUCAUAAUGUCCAUGUCUGUUUAUAUUUAUAUUUCCCUUCUGUUCAUCAAGAGAAAUCAAAUCUUCUUGAGAGACUGUUUUGCCAUCUCCUUGAUUGUCUCUAGCAAUAUAUACAUAUAUAUAUAUAUAUGUAUAUAUAUAUACAUAGUGAGGUUUUUCUCGGUGAGGUUUUCUUGGUCUCUUCCUUUAUCUGAAACAUACGUU